UCAGUAUAUUUCUGAGGGUCGGAAUAAGAAGUAAAUUAAAAAAUUAAAAAUUCAGAAAUAGCAAAAAUGUUGCGGCAAACUCUGUUGGAUCAGCUCAAACACUUCACAGAGACGGUUAAUAAUGGCCACAGCAAUCCACAAUUGCUGACAAAUCCCACGCUCAUCAAGCUCUCGCUGAGCUUCCUUGAUGAUCUGCCAGCUACGCGGGACAUUGUAUUUGAGUACUUUGGUCUUCUGGCCGAGAUCAGCGUUCAGCUUUAUGUGUCGCCCGAAAUGAUGGACCAGAAAACGGGAAUGCCGGUGUCGCAGGUGAAGCAAGGCGGCAACCGCAAGCAACAGAUGCGUGCCCAAGAUUACGAGAGCUUCAACAUGGUCAAGACAGCCCUGCAGCAUAUGGUGUGGAAAGGUCCGCCUGCCUGGCCACCGUUGAUUGCCAACUGGAGCCUGGAGCUGGUGGCGAAGCUCUCGGACAAGUAUACGCAGCGCCGCAUGACCAUCACGGCGUCGUGCAACUAUUGGCUGGAAUGCAGUGCCAUGCACGGCCUAAUGACCCUCAUCAACAGUUGCUUUCGCAAGCUAACCAGCGCCGAGGAAGAGACCUGCGUGGAAAUAAUGCUGAAUGCCUUCCACCGCUUCCCCAUGACCUUUGAUUGGAUUGUGGCACGCUUGGGCGGUUGUUUUCCAUACAAAAUCAUCAUGCAGAUUCUUCAGUGUGGCAUCAAGCGCUUUGUGGACGACUAUCGAUGUCAUCUGGACUCUGAGGCUGGCAUCUUGGACUACAUGACGUCGUGUCACGAGCAGCAGCUGCGCGCUGCAUUCCGAGAGAUGCUUAAGGACGGCUUUGCUCCAAAGAAACCGCUCGAUAUCGCAGUGGUUCCGUUUCUACUGAUCACCACAAACUACUCGGAUGCGAUUCUCCAGAGCUUGGUCAAUGUGCUCGUCGAGAUAUACUCUGAAGACAUGUGUGAAGUGAUUAUACAAAAGUCCCCGCUUUGGCUGAGCAACAAGAUGUUUGCCGACAUGCAGCCGACGCUCAAUAAUGCAGUGCUCCGUAUGAACGAGCACGGAGCCACGCUUCUGAUCACGGCGGCCAAAAUGGCUGAGAAGUUUGUGUGGUGUCAAGACUUUCUGGACAAUUCCAUGCAGGAGCUGGAGCAGUGGGUGCUCAAUCAGCGUAACUUUCCCCUGCUGGCGGACCUUGCCUACGAGGAGACGAAAUACAUGCUCUGGAAAAGCUGUCUCAGCACGAAUCUCCUCGAGCAGCAGACGGCUGUCCGUUUGCUACUCGUUGUCUCCUCGCAGCAUCCUCAUAUAUACUAUCAGACGAUAUCCCAGCUGCUGAGCAAGUCCUACGCCCACAACCCGAAUGGCAUUGGUGCCCUCAUCCGGCUGCUUGGCGGACAAAGUGGCGUGGUGAACUUUCCCUGCUUUAAGCCGGGCUUCGAAAUGGUCUUGGAGGACAUAACGCUGCACGUGCAAGUGAACAACCGCUUGCCCGUGCCCGCGGGCACACCCACAGAAGCGUACAAUACAUUCUCCAACCUGAAUAUGCUGGCAAAGAUGCACAAGAGCAAGAAUGUAGCUCCCUACAUCAGGUCGACGCAGCUGAUCCAGGCUCUGAACGAAUGUCUGCCCAAAAUCGUACAAAUCUUCGACUGCACCGUCAACAAGCUGGUCCUGAAAAUGGACAGGGAUGCAGCCGAGUGCAGCGCGGCAAAGUUCAGGGCACAACAUUCCAAUAAUAAUAAUAAGCGCGAGGGCCCCAAAGACAUUUGCAAUGGCAAUGGUUAUGGGAAAAGACCUAAAACGGAGCCGGGGGAAAAGGACUCGGACUCGCACUCGAACUCGCCGAAUAGCCGUGCCGAAGAUGAAGAUGCGAGCCGUAUGCGCUUGGCCCAUCUCAUUGUGGACCUCUUAAACAAUAUUGAAGGAGGAUCUGGCCAAAAUGUGCUGCGCACUCCAGUGGUCCUCAAGCUAGCGGUGCUUAGCGUCAAGUAUUUCUUUGUGGGUCUCACCGAGAAAACCGUCAUACGUCGCGCGGCGGCCGCUCAUCGGUCCUAUGCCCUGCUGCAGCGCCAAUGCUCCGCCCGCAAGAUUGCGAGAACCGUCUGUCUGCGGGAGCUUGUGGAGGGUGCCCUGUUCUAUCAUGGUCAUCUGUUGGGCCAGCUGGAGGAGUACAAGUUGGACGAGCUGGAAAUUCCCGAAAAUGAGCUCCUCAUUCUGCAAAACCUCCACACAAGCUCUGGGGCCAACUCGAAUCGUUCGGUGCUCCAUUCGGGUAUCAUUGGGCGUGGCCUGCGGCCAGUGCUGCCAACAAAUGAGCGAACGUGCGAUGCGGAAACGCAAGCUCUGUAUCUGAAAGCAUUGAAUGCUUGCUGUGCGGACUUGGAGAAGCCAAACAAUGUGGAAGGGUAUUCGCUGGUCUCGCUUCUGCUGGUGGAGCUGGUCUCCACAGAUGUCAUGUACAAUGGCCUGCCCUUCCCGGACGAGGAGUUCACAAAAGUGACUAUGGAAAGAGAUAUGCAAAUUAGGCGUGCCUUCAUUACGUCCCCGGUUCUGUGGGCAGUCUUGGGUCUGAUAGCGGGCCACAGACCGGCCCUCUGCUACUCGUCAGUGCUUUUGCGUGCCCUGUGCGCUACGUGCUUGCAUCACUGGCGGGGAAAAAAUGUCAAUAAAUUUCAGGCAACUGCGGCGAAUGAUGAGCUCAUGCUCUGCACGAAGAAGCUCCUGCAGCUGCUGGCCAUGAGCCAGCUGAUCCCGCCCCCGUUGACCAAUCUGCAUCUAAUCAUUGAACACUUCGAGUCGGCUGAGAUAGCCCUGUUGCUGCGCGAGUGCAUCUGGAAUUACUUAAAGGAUCAUGUGCCCUCCCCAGCGCUAUUCCAUGUGGACAACAAUGGCUUGCAUUGGCGCAACACCAGUCUGGCCAAGGUUCCACCUCAGUAUGUGGACACGCUGCGCCAUCUGAUGCAACGUAAACUGUCCAAAUUGGGUCCGCACUACCACCAGAUGUUCAUCAUGGCCGAGCUAAUGGACAAGAAGCCUGUCCCACCAGCAAUAGCAGAGACAGCAGCUACAGCCGCAAUGCUGCCCGUCUCCAGGCUGCAGAUCGUCGAACUAGAAUAAGGAUCUAUAGUGUUGUAGGAGUAUUACGAGUAUUUGUAAAUUAAAAUCUCAGCCUGGGCCAUGCGAGUGUGUACUGUCCAGCAGUUAUUGAUUCCUCGGCGACUGAAAAUGGGUCUAAUUAUUUUGAGUAUUGAAUAUAACGAAGCCAACAACGAAUUUUCAUUUCAUUUAAA